GUCGAUAAAUACGUAUCUCCUGUCUGAUGACGCAGCGCGCACAGUCAACGAAAGGUAAUGCUUUGAAACGUGGAUAGACGAUUCGAAGGGGGAAAGAAAGUCUCCUGGAGUCGCGACUCGUGCAGUCGUGCUUUAUAUUCCGCGAUCUCAGGAUUCCCAAUUUUUCGCGUUAAUUCGCGCGGCUACGCGGCACUCGCGCUCGUCCAAACGGCAGGACAAGGGGUACCAACGAGGAAAACAGAGGAAAACAGAGGAAAAAGCUACAUAUAUAAGCCGGGAAACAAAGAUGAGGGCACUAGUCGACGUCAGCUUCUGUGUCGCAAUAGUCGUUGCAGCGAUGUCGUGCAGGUUAGUCGAUCGAUUUGGCCUCUGGUUUCUACGGUUUAAAGGCAAUAGAUCUAAUGGGCAAGUGUUGGGCGGAACGGAUUGGCUGAGAGGUCUCAACGAGAACAUCGAAGCUAUGAACAGGAACAUUCAACGGAACGUACAGCAAUUGAACCAACGGAUACACGAAACGGUGCAGGAGAACUUGGCGCAUGUUCAUCGAAUGACAGAAAAUCUGAACGAGGAGUUAGCGAAUGCUCCUGCCUCGGUGUACACAGUUGGAGGCAGCAGCGUGAUUCAAUCUAACGAUGGGACGAGAAUCGUGCAGUCUGGUCGCACCUCGGACGGGAAGCCGUACGUUCGCGAGAGCACGGACAGAAUCGUGGGCGAUACUCUUCGACACGUUGAAAGAAUUUACGAUCCCACUACGAAUUCCACGAAGGUGCACGGCUACACGUUGGAUUUGAAGGAUCCGAAUGCUAAACCUGUUCCAAUAAACGAGGCCUCUUAGGUGAGCCGAGAGAUCGGCCACUGAAAAAUAGGAAAAGAAAAAAAAAAAAAAAGAGAUCGACAGACACGCAUUCUUCCAAUAAAACACAUCGAUUAUGAAUUCUGACACUGUCUGGUUUGGGACAAUUGUUCAGAUGAUUGAAUAAUUUUAUUUCGCCAACGACAACACAACAAGCAAGUCUUUCGAAACUUUACUGCGCGUUGAAUUUUCAUGAGACCCAAUUGCAACGUUGCCGCGAUGUGGUUGACGUGAAAAUUUUUGCAGCGAGAGAGAGAGAAAGAGAGAGAAAGGGAGAGAGAGAGAGAGAGCCAUUCGACACGAAAAGUAUGUUGCUCGAGUGGUGUAAACGUUUCGCGAAUAUGCGUGUCAAAGUGGCGCCGAGUGAAACGGGAGAUCGCACGCGGGGUGCCUUAAAUGGAAAUGCCCCUGGCUUGUCCUCGAUCUCUCGCGUUCCUCUCGCCUUCUCUUUCAAUUCUCGUUUCUCUCUCUCUCUCUCUCCCCCUCCGACGAUCCGUUUCGUCAUAUUCUGACCUUUCCCGUUUCACCCUUUUCCUUCGUAAUUAUCUCUCUCCCUCUCUUUAUACAGAGAAUUUAUAUAUUUUUUUUGUUUGAUUCUAUCAUGUUUUAAAUUCUAUGAACUGACAGUGUAUUAGAUUUGUACUGUGCAAUAGUCCAGUAUCAGAAGUAAAGAAAAGAUAUUCAGUAAA